AUAACACGCAUGCGCGCAGUACACAAAGGCCUCACGGAACCGGCUCCAGGUUAAAAACAAUAAGGAAUUUGUCUAAGAGAAUCUCAAUCUCAACACGUCUCUGCCCAAAUAUUUAAGAAGUGCAGCAAGGGAUUCAAUCAACCGUCCUUCCUGCUCAGAGUGUGGGGAGGGAUUCACUGGGUCAUUUCAACUGAAGGUACAUCAGCAAGUUCACACUGGGACAAGGCCACUCAUCUGUCUGUGUGUGAGAAGGGAUUCAGUUGGUCAUCCCACCUGUGGACACACCAGUCAGUUCACCCUGGGUAGAGGCUGGUCAUCUGCUGAAUUUGUGGGGAAGGAUUCACUUGGUCAUCUGACUUAAUGGCUCACCAGCGAGUUCACACCGGGGAGCGGCCAUUCACCUGCUCGGACUGUGGGAAGGGAUUCACUCGGUCAUAUAAUCUGAAGGUACAUCAGAGAGUUCACAAUGGAGAGAGGCCGUUCACUUGCUCAGACUGCGGGAAGGGAUUCACUCGGACAUCCGACCUACUGGUACACCAGUCAGUUCACACUAGGGAGAGGGCAUUCACCUGCUCAGACUGUGGGAAGGGAUUCACUCGGACAUCCGACCUACUGGUACACCAGUCAGUUCACACUAGGGAGAGGGCAUUCACCUGCUCAGACUGUGGGAAGGGAUUCACUCGGUCAUCCGACCUACUGGUACACCAGUCAGUUCACACUAGGGAGAGGCCAUUCACCUGCUCAGACUGUGGGAAGGGAUUCACUACAUCAUCUCACCGACACAGACACCAGUCAGUUCACACUGGGGCGAGGCCAUUCACCUGCAAAGACUGUGGGAAAGGAUUCACUCAGGCAUCUCACCUACUGAGACAUUGGUCAGUUCACACUGGGGAGAGGCCAUUCACCUGCUCCGACUGUGGGAAGGGAUUCACUCAGGCAUCUCACCUACUGACACACCAGUCAGUUCACACUGCCGAGAGGCCGUUCACCUGCUCAGUCUGUGGGAAGACAUUCACUCGGUCAUCCGACCUACAGAGUCACCAGCGAGUUCACACUGGGGAGAAGCCGUACACCUGCUUAGACUGUGGAAAGGGAUUCACGCGAUCAUCCACCCUAUUGGCACACCAGUCAGUUCACACUGGGAAGUGGCCAUUCACCUGCUCAGAAUGUGGGAAAGGAUUCACUCAGUCAUCCGAACUACUGGCACACCAGUCAGUUCACACUGGGGAGUGGCCAUUCACCUGCUCAGACUGUGGAAAAGGAUUCACUCGGUCAUCCGAACUACUGGCACACCAGUCAGUUCACACUGGGGCGUGGCCAUUCACCUGCUGUGAAUGUGGGAAGGGAUUCGCUCGGUCAUCUCAUCGACAGAAACACCAGCGAGUUCACACUGGGGAGAGGCCAUUCUCCUGCUCAAAUCUUGGGAAGAGAUCCCCUCAGCCAUCACCACCAAAUGUGCAUCAUGUUAAGGGUGCUGCAGAUUGUCUCAGCAAUUGUCUGGAGGACGUGGUCAUGCGACCACUGAUAAUGGCCAUCGGCAAAGAGCUCUGGGGCAGCAGCUCAGAAGAUGCUCUAGUGUUCCAGUCUUCUCACAGAGGGGGCAAGCUGGUCGUUCUGCAAGGCCCCAGCUGGGCAGUUCUCACUGCCACUCUUGUUCCGGCAACCUUUGGAUCUGAAGAUUCCCGGAACUGCAGGACCUCUCUUGCUCGCAAAACCUCGAACUCCUCCUCGAUGGAUUUCAGGGGGAGCCUCGGUUUGCAGUUAUUCCCGUGCAGAGCGAUGCUGCUGAUGUUCCUCGGUAAACCCAGCCACCUUCGCAGGACCCGGCUGACUACCCUCUCUAAUUCAGCAACAGUGGAAAUUGGAAAUAGAGAAGCAGUGGAGCCGUGUGAUGACUCCAGUGUGCUCCAAGCAGCCUGGUUCCCUUGGGACGCCGCCCUUCUGGACGGAGGCAUCAAUGUAAUUGUUCCUCAGGAAGUACUCUGUCAGGCGCUCUGCCACCACCCUGAAGAAGAUCUUCCCUUCAACACUCAGCAAGGAUAUUCUAAACUGGCUGAUGUUCUCGGAGUUCUCUUGUUUUGGUAUCCACUCCCCGUUUGCAUACUUUCAUUGCUGGGGCACUUUGCCUCUGUUCCAGACGACCUUGAGGAUUCUCCACAGCCGCCGGAGAAGCCGGGGGCAGCGUUUGUAGAUGUUCGAGUUCACACUGGGGAGAAGCCAUUCACCUGCUCUGAAGGUGGGAAAGGAUUCACUCAAUCAUCUCAACUGAAUGAACACCAGCGAGUUCACACUGAAAAGAUGCCGUUCACCUGCUCAGACUGUGGGAAGGGCUUCACUCACUCCUCCAAACUACAGAGACACCGGCGAGUUCACACUGGGGAGAGGCCAUUCACCUGCUCAGACUGUGGGAAGGGAUUCACUCAAUCGUCCAACCUACAGACUCACCAGCGAGUUCACACUGGGGAGAGGCCAUUCACCUGCUCAGACUGUGGGAAAGGAUUCAUUCUGUCAAAUCACUUGCUACAACAUCAGUUAGUUCACACUGGGGAGAGGCCAUUCACCUGCUCAGACUGUGGGAAGGGAUUUGCUCGGUCAUCUGACCUACAGACACACCAGCGACUUCACACUGGGGAGAAGCCAUUCACCUGCUCAGACUGUGGGAAAGGAUUCAUUCGGUCAAAUCACCUGUUGCAACAUCAGUUAGUUCACACUGGGGAGAGGCCAUUCACCUGCUCAGACUGUGGGAAGGGAUUCACUCGGUCAUCUGACCUACUGACACACCAGCGAGUUCACACUGGGGAGAGGCCAUUCACCUGCUCUAAAUGUGGGAAGGUAUUUGCUCAGUCACCUCAACUGAAGGUACAUCAGCGAGUUCACACUGGGGAGAAGCCGUUCACUUGCUCUGAAUGUGGAAAGGGAUUUGCUCGGUCAUCUCAGCUCCUGAGACACCAGCAAAUCCACUCUGGGGUGAAACCAUUCCUCUGCUCAGAAUGUGGGAAGGGAUUCACCGAUGCAGCUCAGCUGAAAGAUCAUCAGUUUGUUCACACUGUGGAGAGGCCAUUCACCUGCUCCGACUGUGGGAAAGGGUUCACUCGUCGUUCUCGACUACUGACACACCAGUUAGAUCACACUGGGGAGAAACCAUUCACCUGCUCAGAAUGUGGGAAGAGAUUCACCCAUUCCGCUCAACUGAAGGAACAUCAGCGACUUCACACCGGGGAAUGGCCAUUCACCUGCUCUGAAUGUGGGAAGGGAUUCACUCGGUCAUCUCGACUGAAGGUGCAUCAGCGAAUUCACACUGGGGAGAAACCUUUCAGCUGCUCUGAAUGUGGGAAGGGAUUCAGUCAGUCAUCCAAACUUGUGAGGCAUUACCAAAUUCACGCUAGGGAGAAACUGUUCACGUACUCAGAUUGUGGGAAAGAAUUCACUUGGUCAUCUGAGUUUAAAAUACAUCAGCGAAUUCACACUGGGGGAUGCCACUCACCUGUUCUGGAUGUGGGAAAGGAUUCACUCAGACAUCUCAGUUAAGACUAUAAGAUAUAGGAGCAGAAGUCGGCCAUUCGACCUUUCGAGUCUGCUCCACCUUUCAAUCAUGGGCUGACCCAAUUCUUCCAGCCAUCCCCACUCCCCUGCCUUCUCCCCAUACCCUUUGAUGCCCCGGCUAAUCAAGAACCUAUCUCUCUCUGCCUUAAAUGCACCCAAUGACUUGCCCUCCAAAGUUGCUUGUGGCAAAAAAUUACACAAAUUUACCACCCUCUGACUAAAGUAAGUUCUCCUCAUCUCUUUUCCAAAUGGAUGUCCUUCAAUCCUGAAGUUGUGCCCUCUUGUCAUAGCCUCCCCUAUCAUGGGAAAUAUCUUUUGCACAUCUAAUCUGUUCCGAGCUUUUAACAUUCAGAAUGUUUCAAUUAGAUUCCUCUCCCGACCCCCUGCCCCCCAUUCCCCUGAACUCCAGGGCCUGCAGCCCAAGGGAAGCCAGAUGCUUCUCGUAUGUGUAACGUGCUGUAAGGUUUCACUGCUAAUGUAAUGGCUUCUUUGUAAUGUUCACUGCUGAAGUAACAGUUUCUCUGUAGCAGCAAUGUUCGUGUUAUGGCUGGCGAUAACAGGACUGUGGGAUGCAUGUCAGCCAAUCAGGAUUUUGUUACUCUGUCUCGUGAAUCCGGGAGCAGUUGAUUUUGUCAGAGACAGAGAUGGAGAGAGAAGAUGUGAAUGGACAGAUUUGCUAAACCGCCAGACAGGGUGGACUUGGAGCGAGGGUCCAAAGGGCAGUGACGAUCGGAGGAGGCUGAUGGGGACCGAUCGGCCUAUCAGUGAGCUCCAAUUUUGCGCACAGACUGUUUAAUAAGAUUGGGCCCUUUUUUCAAUUUUGUUUCUCUACUAACCAUACAGUCAAAGUAAGAGUUAUAAAGCUUAAUGGUUUACUCACAAAGUGUGUACUGUUUGCUAUUUCGCGGUACUGAUUUGUAACAGGGAACACAUCGAGCAGCAUCCACCCAAAGGAGAUUUCUUCAGUUUGGCCGGGCAGGGGGUUAUCACCCCUUAGAUUAAGCCGCUAGGCAAAGUGAGAAUUACAAUUGUGGGGGCUACGUUCGGGAUUGAUUCUGUUGGAUGCUGUGCGAUUACCCUGAGAAAUGAACCAGUGGGGC